GCCUCACACACGCGUGGCUUGCUUUUGCGAAUCGCGAAAAGGAGAGACACUCUUCUUGUUAUUCGCCGGUUUAUGAUGAUUGUUAGUUCGCCUUGGCAUUGUUUGGGCGUAUGCGUGCGCACAAGAACGGGGAAAACUAUACUCCACUCAAAAUGCAAUCAAAUCUGUCAUUCUAUCUUUUCAAUCAAUCACACCCACCAUCAUAUAACCUAGAUCUUCGGGCUGAAGCAAAAGGGCACUCGCGGCAUAGAAUUCACGACGCCGCUUUUUACACCCUAGCGAAAAGCCGCCGCAAACACAGCUUUCACUCUGGCGCCUCUCUCAUCCUCGCUUUCACAUCCUCAACCUGAUUGCUCAAAAUGACAGCCCAAUCCAAUGAAAUAGAUCAACAUUCUUCCGAAGGUGAAAGUGGUGCUACUUCUUCUUCACUUACGGCACAAGAUGAAAAUGUAGGCGUUUCAGGAGGAGUAAAUACAACAAUGGAAAAAGAGGAAAGGGGCUUAAAAAACUCAAACGAUACUCAAAAUGAAGCCAGAUCUUCGCUUACCUCUCUUUUACAUCAUGAAUCAGACAAGCAUACUGAACACGAAAAGCAGCCAUCGAAUCAGUCCAACAUGUCGCGAACGAUAAAUACUGUACCGGUUUGGGCUCGACAACAACAGAAAGAAAAGAAUGCUAUACACUUUCGAAAAGAAGGUGAAUCAUCUCAAUCAUCACCAAAGAUCAAUUCGAUCGGCGGAUCUCCUCUUAAAAAACCAGCACCGCUUCAUUUGAACACUUCCAACCAAACCAGGACAGCCUUGGCAACGCAAGAAGCAAGCAAUCGUCAACGUUCCAGUAUAAAUCCAAACCCCGAUCAGAUAUCUGAUAAUCGCUUUUCAAUUGAUACUUCUUCAAUCAUAACUGUAGACGAUGACAAUCCUGGCGCAAGUCGAUUUGCGUCACUCUCGUAUCGACAUGUAGGCCCCAAAACGCGGGUGAAAAUACCAUUUAAUAAGGAAGAGGCGGGAAAUGAUGAUACAGAAAAGAGUUCAUCCAAAAGAAGCACAUCAAAGCAAACUCCUGUCAGUGGAGGCUUCAGUAGUGCGAUUACAGGAAUUUUGGCAGGCCUUACCUCAAGUGAAGCACAACGCUCGAAUGAUUCCACACAAGAUACAGAUGCACAAAAUAGAUCGCAAUCAUACAAUUAUGAUGAAGAAGAGAAACACAUGUCGGGCGUCCAUGAAGGUACACGUGGAGGAUGGUCUCAUGACGAAACUCAUGAUGAAACGCAUGCACAGGAAAAUCGGGCAAAGAUGCUGAACGACGAUAGUUUCACACGUCAUCAACCCGUCACACCAGGCUGGGCAUCACCUUGGAGACCGGAGUCAAGAGGUGAACAUUCGAUUAGGAUUGGUAAAUAUCGUUUCAAUAAUCAUGGAGAAGGUGGGUACUUUCCCAAAACUGACACUGGGGCUACGAACAGUUCGCGUAAACGAAGAAGAAGACGGCAUGCAAGUAGUGGUGCAGUGGAUCUGUUCGAUGUGGAAUGGUGGAGAAGGUUCUUGCUGCAUAAUCCAUUCGUUCCGCUCUUGUUUCGAUUGGUCAAUAUCGCUUUCACUUCAAGCACACUUGCCGUUGCUGCCAAAUUGUAUAUCAUCUUGAAGAGAGAAGGGGCAGAAGAUUCCGUUGGAUCAAGUCCAAUCGUUGCAAUCAUCUUUGCACCGCUCACACUUGUGCAUGUUGGUGUGCAAAUUUACGUGGAAUAUUUCAGCAAACCGAUUGGGCUAUGGAGAGUAGGAAGUAAGCUGUUUUACACAUUGACAGAACUAAUUUUCGUUUGUUUAUGGUCAGCAGCGCUUUCACUAUCAUUUGAUAAUUAUUUUACCUCAACAUUGGUUUGUUCAACGCUCAAUUCACCUUAUAGCGGAGGACAUGAUCGACCUGUAUUUGGUCAACAAGUUCUCAAUAAUCCUAGUAGGAAGCCAUACAUUUGUCGAUUACAAGGUGCUUUGAUCGGGUUGGUAUUCACCAGCUUGUUGGCGUAUGUGGUUGUGUUUUCCGUUUCACUCUUUCGCAUCUUUGUUCGUGUGUCCAAGAGAUGAUUUUCUCAUUAUUUCUGUACUUUUAUCUUACAUUGCAAACUUUUUGACAAUCUCUGUACGUAGACUCAUUCCAUCUCAUUCACUCUCUUGCAAUUCAUGGACAUUCCUUUUGCUAGAUUACAAACUGUAACGGAAAUAAAUGGACUUUUCACGAUUUUC